AUGCCCAACUCGCCCAGCUCGACCGACUCGGCCUCGCCACCGCCCGCCGCCGCCCUCGCGGGCGCCGCCGCUCCUCCCACCACGGCGACUUGGCCCGACGAGAUCUGGGUGCUCGUCCUCGACCAGCUCGACUACAAGGGCCUGCACAAGGCGGCGCAGCUGUGCAAGAAGCUCAAGCGCUUCAUCGAGGACGAGUCGUUCGACGCCCGCCUGUUCCGCACGCGCGUCAAGCCGCCCAAGAAGCUCAUCCCCAACAGCACGCUCGAGAUCCACCCGCUCCUCGCCGCCACCUACUGCGUCUUCACGGGCAAGGACGCCCUCACGUGGGCGAGCAUGGGGGGCGACGACGGCGAGGAGCACACGGCGUUCGAGUACCCGGCCGUCGACGAGUACGCGACGUGGCCGCCGGCGACCAUCAUGCACGUCGACGUCGGCGUCGGCAAGUCGUUCCCGGUCACGGACCGCAACGGCAUUAAGGUCCGCCGCGUCCUGCAGCGCCUCGGCCACUUCUGGGGCUCGAAGGCGACGUCGACGUGGGCGUGGAACAUGGCGGCCGAGUACCACUGCCCGCCGGACGAGGUGACGUGGCAGAUGGCGCUCGGCGACCGCAACGGCUGGACGGGGUGGGAGGAGGCCGUCGUCGAGAACGAGGCGACCGCUGUCCGGCUGACCGCCUGCGGGUACGACUCGUAA